AUGUCGUCUGCCGUCUUCUCGGGAUCAGACCUCUCUCGAGACCCGGAAUGGCAGAACCUCAUUAUAACAUACACUAUUAACACCUUCAUGAGCGUCAGAGCACUCCGCUCAUACCCUUCGUUCCUCCACCCUUUGGCCCGCUGGCUUCUCCCCGAAUGCAGAAAAUGUCAAGCACAGGUCCGCGAGGCACGGAAGUUGCUGCAUCCAACCAUCCAGAACCGUACAGGGUCCGAUGAUACCUUCCAAUGGCUUACGGAUGUUGCUGCAGGUAGGCCGUUUGAUCAAGCUGCGGCACAGUUGGCGUUUGCAGUCAGUGCUUUGCAUACCACAACUGAGCUGCUUAAGCAGACCUUACUGGACAUAUGCAUGCAUCCGGACCUUAUACAGCCUAUUCGGGAUGAAGUAGAGGAGGCGGUGAGCCAGCAUGGAUGGACGACUGCCGGGCUGUUCAAAAUGCAGAUCCUUGAUAGUGUUAUUAAGGAGAGUCAGCGUUUGAAGCCUGGCCUGCUAGUCAACCUUGAGCGUAAAGCUCUUCGGGAUGUUGUUCUCCCCAACGGCAUGAAGUUACCCAAGGGAACCAACGUUGCUGUCGAUUCUUCCAUUAUGUGGGAUCCGGAAAUCUAUCCAAACCCAACUGCCUACGAUGGAUAUCGAUUCCUUAGAUUACGUCAAGCUGGAAAUGCUGCCGCAGCCUUGGUAUCCACCAGCCACGACCACAUCGCAUUUGGCAUUGGGAAGCCCAUUUGCCCUGGAAGAUUCUUCGCUGCAAACGAGCUCAAAGUGGCAUUGGCAAACAUCUUACUAAACUACGAUGUUGAAAUAGCCGGAGAACGCAAGCCAAAAAUUGUCGAAAUGGGUUGA